CGACGCGCCUGGUGAUCCCGCCUCCCUGCGCGCGCGGCCACGUGGACGGCGGCGGGCCCGUGUUCGGCGGGGCCGCAUCGCACCGGCCAUGAGCGUGGGCUUCAUCGGCGCGGGGCAGCUCGCCUUCGCCCUGGCCCGGGGCUUCACGGCGGCAGGGGUCCUGGCUGCGCACAAGAUCACAGCGAGCUCCCCGGACACCGACCUGCCCACCGUGAGCGGGCUGCGGAAAAUGGGCGUGAACUUCACGGUGAGCAACAAGGACACGGUGAAGAGCAGCGAUGUCCUCUUCCUGGCCGUGAAGCCGCCCAUUAUCCCCUUCAUCCUGGAGGAGGUGGGCCCCGACAUCGAGGCCCGGCACAUCGUGGUCUCCUGCGCAGCCGGCGUCACCAUCAGCUCCAUCGAGAAGAAACUCUGUACCUUCUGCCCCACACCAAAAGUGAUCAGGUGCAUGACCAACACCCCUGUGAUUGUCCGGGAAGGUGCUACAGUCUAUGCCACUGGAACUCAUGCAGAUGUGGAGGAUGGGAAGCUCUUGGAACAACUGAUGGCCAGCGUGGGCUUCUGCACUGAGGUGGAAGAGGACCUGAUCGAUGCUGUAACGGGGCUCAGUGGCAGUGGCCCUGCGUAUGCAUUCACUGCCCUGGAUGCUCUUGCAGAUGGGGGAGUGAAGAUGGGCCUUCCCCGCAGGCUGGCUGUUCGACUCGGAGCACAGGCUUUGCUGGGUGCUGCCAAAAUGCUGUUAGAGUCUGAGCAGCAUCCUGGUCAGCUGAAGGACAAUGUCUGCUCGCCCGGGGGAGCCACUAUCCAUGCCCUGCACUUCCUGGAGAGUGGUGGCUUUCGCUCACUCCUCAUCAAUGCUGUGGAGGCUUCCUGCAUCCGGACAAGAGAGCUUCAGCAUUUGGCAGACCAAGAGAAGAUCUCCCCGGCAGCCAUAAAGAAAACUUUGCUGGACAAGGUGAAGCUGGAAUCUUCUUCUCUGUCUGUGGCAUCCGCUAGCAAAGUCAGUCUGUUCACCAACAAGAGCAAGAAGAACUGACCAGGCUGCUGUAGUCUGGCAGUGCUUGAACAUCUGGGUCUUGGCUCUGGCCAGGACAGGGUUAAUUUUUGCAGUAGCCAGGAGGGGCAUGGCCAGGACCCGGAGGUUAUUCUACACCACCUCAAUGCCACGUGCAGGCAGAAGGGUCCCUUCUGGUUGGUAGCCUGAAGCGAGCAGUCAUUUCACAGGGUUAAAAAUCGUGUGCGAAUCGUUCGCUUCUCCUGUACACUCUUAUUAAUAUUAUUGCUGUUGCUGUUUGUUUCUUAUCUCACUGCUGUUUCUAGUAAAUUUUUCUUAUCUCAA